AUGCCGCUAUUAGUGAUUACUGGGGGCCCUGCUGUUGGUAAAUCGACAAUUGUUGGAAGGAUCUGUGAAUAUUUCAGUAAAAAUGACUCUCUAAGUGUUGAGGUAAUUUCAGAUGAACAGGAUGGGAGUUUUUCACGAAAGUUGUACGAAAAUCCUAGGGACGAACGGCAGCAUCAUGACUUUCUUCGAUCGGAAGUCCAGCGGCAACUGUCCAGGCAGUCUCUUGUUAUCUGUGAUUCUCUAAAUUACAUUAAAGGGUUUCGAUACGAACUUUACUGCAUUGCGAAGCUAGUAAAGACAACAUAUGCUGUUCUUCUUUGCAGUGCGGACGAAAAAACUUCUUUAUGGCUUAACUCUCAAAAGAUCGACCACGAAAAGUAUUCCACCGAAGUAAUUAAGGACCUAAACAAACGGUAUGAAAAACCUGAAGCAAAAAACCGGUGGGACUCUCCACUGUUCGAAGUUCAUAUUGGUUCGGAGGAAGUACAUGAAACAACUUUAGAAGGAAAUAGCGGUUAUUUAUCUCCAAAAUUUGUGUCACUUCCUUUAGAAGGUCUUCAAUCUUCGCUCAUUGAAGGCAAGGAUUUACCAGUGAAUAUGAGCACCUUGAACACCCCAUUAAUUACGCAUGACUUUGCUCAAACUCUGGAGCAAGUUACAAAAGAUGUUGUUUCAUCGGUAUUUCAACAACAAAAUAAUGCAAUCGUAGGGGAUUCGUUUAUUGUGCCUUACUGUUCGCCUGAGAAUGAAAGAGCAAUAUUCAGGCGCAAACGAUCGCUUCCUGAGUUGUCCAGGUUGCGGAGGCAAUUUAUAGCGUAUGCGAAAAAGCAUCCUGUUGAGGAGACAUCUAAGAUUGCCGCUCUUUUUGUAAAUUUUUUGAAUUCUAACUUAUAG